AUGGUGAUGUGCAAAGAGGCCAUGGAGAAAGCAAAUGCAAAGCAGAAGAAGGGUUUGUGGUCUCCAGAUGAAGACCAGAGACUUAGAAGUUACAUUCUCAACCAUGGCCAUGGCUGCUGGAGCUCUAUUCCAGCCAAAGCUGGGUUGAAAAGAAAUGGAAAGAGUUGCAGAUUGAGAUGGAUUAAUUACUUAAGACCCGGGUUAAAAAGAGGGAUGUUUACAAAGGAAGAGGAGGAGAUGAUCUUAACCCUUCAUUCCAUUUUAGGCAACAAAUGGUCUCAGAUUGCACAAUAUUUAUCGGGAAGAACUGACAACGAGAUUAAGAAUCGUUGGCAUUCGUACUUGAAGAGGAAGAAGAAGAACCCCGAUGAUCAUGAUCAAUCUCAUAUCGAAACAUUAUCACCACAACUUGGACCAAGUGGGGUUACAAAGUUCUCUCCAUCAAUAUCAACAACAUCUUCUUCUUCUUCGACUAGAGAAACCAUUGCUUCAAAUGAUAGCUUUGAAACAUUGAAAUCUUCCUCAAUCCAGUCUAGUAAUAAUAGUAGUAGGAAAUCACCAAAGCUUCUAUUUGCAGAGUGGCUGUCACUAGAUCAAUUCCAUGCCAAAACUCUUCACGAUGAGGGUCUUGACCAGGCAGUAACCGCAAAUGAUUUCGAUUUUGAAGGCACCGUUUUUAAUGAGUUUUUACUAGAGGAGGGAUCUCACAACGACCUGCUAAAAUCGGAGAAUUUAUUUGGAGAAGACGAUUUUCUUGGUUUCCAAUCAUCUGGCCGGGAUCAUUUGAGUAGCAAUUUCUUGAUGGACAUUAAUGAUAUUUAUUAA